AAGUUUUUCCCAAACGGAGCCUUAUGCUACUCCAGAUGGCAAAUCCUCACACUACUGAGAUAUUCUCUAGUAGCAUAUCGACCGCACGAUCAAGUCGGAUCGAGUUACACCGCCGCUUCAGCCCCGAUUAUCUCCGUCGAAGCGGCAACUAAAACUAGGGUUUCAGUUUUCUUGUAAGACGAGCUUACCGAACCUCUUCCUGCAUUCGAUUAUCUGAUUCUGUAAGGUUCUUCUUUUGCUUCUGAUAGAUUGUGUGUGAUGGAGAAGGAGCUAAACGAGCUUUUUGAGGCAGUGAAGAAGGCUGCAGAUGCAGCAGAGAAUUCACCUGGAGAGGAGGCACGAUGCCUUGAUGCAUUAGAACAGCUCAACAAGUUCCCCAUCAGUUAUCAUCUCCUUGUAUCCACACAGGUUGGGAAACGCCUCCGACAACUGACGAAACAUAAAAGCCACAAGAUUAAGGUUUUGGCUUCUGUUGUGGUUGACGUGUGGAAGAAUAUAAUUGUCAAGGAAACAAUGAAAAACAAGAAUGGAAGUGUUGAUAACGAUUCUGUGAAAGCUGAACCAACGGUUGCUGUAAUUGAUGGGAGCAGGAAGUUUCAAAGGACAAGCUCUGUGAAGAUUGAGCAGGGGAACUCAACAGACAAUGGGAAUGGGAAGUUGAAGAGAAGUAAUCCGACUAGUACAUCGAACUCUGAAAAGUUAAGGAAGUCGGAAACUUCCAGGAAUGGGAAAAAAGUUGAGAGGGUUGAUGUCCAGACAUCAAAGAAUGCUGCCGGAGAAUCUGUACAGAAUGAGAAAAGCAUUAAAGAAGAAAAGCCGAGUUCUGAUAGGCAAAAACUGGCAUCAGACCCCGUUGGUCCUCCAAAGCUGACUUCUCCUGUUUAUUGCAAGGACCCAGUGAGGGACAAAAUCCGGGAACUUCUUGCAGAGGCUCUGUGCAAAGUCUCGAGCGAGGUCGAUGGUGAUGAUCUAAGAGAUCAAGUGUGUGCAUCUGAUCCUUAUCGAGUGGCUGUUCUUGUGGAGACUGCAAUGUUUGAAAAGUGGGGUAAAUCCACUGGUGCUCAGAAGAUGAAAUAUAGAUCGAUAAUGUUCAAUAUUAAGGAUCCAAAAAAUCCAGAUUUUCGGAGAAAGGUCCUCCUCGGGCAGUUUGAGCCACGUGCCAUUCUCGAACUUGCACCAGAAGAAAUGGCCAGUGAUGCGAGGCAAAUUCAGAAUGAGAAAAUCAAACAAAAAGCACUGUUCGAAUGCGAGCGCGGAGCAGCGCCUCAGGCCAGCACUGACCAAUUCACCUGUGGUAGGUGCAAGAAGAAGGAAACAACAUACUACCAGAUGCAAACUCGAAGUGCAGACGAACCAAUGACCACAUUUGUGACGUGUGUAAACUGCAAUAACCGCUGGAAAUUUUGUUAGAUUUGGAAAUUUCCAAUUUAGAUGAUUAGCUAGCUAGGUAAUUUUUCUUGUUUUACUAUGAUUUUUUAUAAGGUGUAUUUUCUCUACGCCUGCACCUGAGCAGAAGGCUAAUUAGUUGUAGGAGAAACUAUCGUAAGGACCUCAUAUUUGAGUUAUUUAUAUAAAUUUACUCUGUUGUGAUAAUUUGUGAA